ACAUAAUUGAUUAAUUUAGGAGUUUAUUGUUUGUUGUGUUGUCAUCCACAUUAGGAGGAAGAGGAGAGAAGCGGAAAGCAGAUGAUGCUUUUCAGAGUGUUUCUGAUGGAGUCAAACCAUCUGCUCUGCGGAAACGCAUCAAAGUUUCAGAGCUGGAGAACACAAGAGAAGACGCCGACACAGAGACGUCCAGCUCAGGAGGAAGAGGAGUGAAGCGGAAAGCGGAUGAUGAUUUGCAGAGUGUUUCUGACAGAGUCAAACCAUACGCUCUGCGGAAACGCAUCAAAGCUGCAAAGAUGGAGAACAUAAGUGACACAGAGACGACCAGCUAUGAGAAGAAAACCAGCUCAGGAGGAAGAGGAGUGAAGCGGAAAGCAGAUGAUGCUUUUCAGAGUGUUUCUGAUGGAGUCAAACCAUCUGCUCUGCGGAAACGCAUCAAAGUUUCAGAGCUGGAGAACACAAGAGAACACGCCGACACAGAGACGUCCAGCUCAGGAGGAAGAGGAGUGAAGCGGAAAGCAGAUGAUGAUUUGCAGAGUGUUUCUGACAGAGUCAAACCAUACGCUCUGCGGAAACGCAUCAAAGCUGCAGAGACGUCCAGCGAUGAGAACAGCCGCUCAGAAGUUCCAAGAGGACAGAAGAGAAAGGCUGGAUGUCUAGAUCAGGACAGCAGAAGUCUGGACACAGUUGCUGCCAAACGAGUGAAAACAGCAGCAGAAGACAGCAGCUCAGGAGGAAGAGGAGAGAAGCGGAAAGCGGAUGAUGAUUUUCAGAGUGAUUCUGAUGGAGGCAAACCAUCUGCCCAUCGGAAACGCAUCAAAGUUUCAGGGAUGACGCCGAUCACAAGAGAAGACGCCGACACAGAGACGUCCAGCUCAGCUCCAAGAGGACAGAAGAGAAAGGCUGGAUGUCUAGAUCAGGACAGCAGAAAUGAGGACACAGUGGCUGCCAAACAAACGAAAGCAACACAGACCGAAUAUUGCGGCUGCAGCGGUUGGAAAAAUGCAAAAGAAUACAGCAGCUCAGGGUCUAUACUUGACAAAUAUGUGCUUGGAGAGAAGCUGGGACAGGGAUACGGUGGCAUUGUCUAUCUGGCUACACGGAAAUCUGACGGCCAGAAGGUUGCCAUAAAGGUUGUGAAUAAGAAGUAUUACGGAGUGUUGUGCCACGUGGCUGGAUAUAAUACGCACGUGAUCCCGGAAGCACGUAAUAUGAUGGUCCUCAAGAGACCUCCGCUCUGCCCGCACAUCAUAGAGCUCUACGAGUACGCCAUGGAAGGAAGGAAUAACUACCUGGUCAUGGAGUACGCGUCCUCGUACAUAACCUUGGCUAAACUCUUGAAGAAGAACAAUGGCCGCCUGGGUGAAAGUGUUGCGCGGCAGCUGAUCAUGCAGCUCAUUAUUGCAACACAGCGCUGCCUUGAGCAUGGCAUACAUCAUUGGUCCGUACAUAAUGAAAACAUCCUGGUCAAUCCAAAGACCCUGCAGCUCAAGCUGAUUGAUUUUGGCCAGAGCUACUGUGUUCAAAAAGGCUACUGGAGAUCCCCCUAUCUUGGAGUGACAAGAUACCGUCAACAGGAGAGGGAACCCUACAGAGCCACUCUUUAUGCUGUUGAAUCAUAUGUCACGGAUGUUAGACGACUGCUGUCCUAUAUGGUCAGUGGAUAUCCCUGUUUCUCCAAAUAUGGACGUCCACGAUUUCACCCCAGUUUGUCAGCAGAAUGCAAGGAUCUGCUUUGGUGGGUAAUCAGAUUCCACCCUCGAACAGGACCUGUUUUAGAGGAGAUUAUAGAGCACAAGUGGUUCAGCAUGACGUAGAGCCCAUCAGCAGCAGGAAACAGGUUUUCAUACUUCCAUUUACGUCAAAUUGUUUUGCUGUUUUUUGCUUCUGCUUCCCAAAUUCUGCACUUCCUCCUGCGAGUGUUGCAGUCAGAGCUGCAUGUAAAUGAGGGCCGGUUAAAGCGUCCCUAUUGGUCCACCAGCUCUAGACCGACUGCUCUUCCUUUAGCUGAUCAGGUGAGGAAGGAAGCUGAUGUCAGUCUAAUGGCGGCCGAUGCGCACAGGCGACGCCGGAGAUUGAGUGUUAGCGCUAAUCCUCAGCUGGGGUAGAAUCUGUCUGCGGUAGGACAGCAUUAAUCGUUUGAAAUAACUAAAGGAAAGCAGGUUCAUUCACGUUUAGACAGGACGUAGUGUUUUAUACGAACUGGGUUAGCACCGACUGUAGAGUAAAUAGUCAUAUUAAGGGAAAUAAUCACAGAUUAAUAAAUGAAACUGCUGGAAAGGGGGAUUUAUUAGCAUACGGGUGUGCUUUAUUUCUAUAGCUGUAGGAUUAAUAGUAAAAGGUAAAGUCUGUAUAUUAUUACUGUAGUGCAUCAAUACUUUUGUAAAGACAGAAAGCCUAGUUUAGACAGUCGUCGUAGCUCUAACGGGACUUUAGGCAGGUUUAAGUGAGAUAAGCGCAUAUAACAGGGGCGUCGUGGGCCGGUUUUGAAGGCUUUUUCUCUUUAACAGAGAUAGGAUAGGGGGGUGUAGAUGGCGCUGACGGGGCAGGAUUAUAUGGGCGAAUAAGCUAGAUAUAAGAGCCUCCUGCCACAGACAUAUUUUACCCCAGCUGUGGAUUUCUCAGAUCUGAUGAUGACUAUUUCCAGUGCUGGUGCUCAAACCUUUCUGCUUUCUUCUUCUUCUCACUUGUUCUACAAGCGAGCGCUGGAUGUCUGGGAAUUAGCUUUAACAUAAACGUUUUAAAAGUAGAUCAAGUAGUUUAAUACAGGGUUUGGUAAAUAACAGCAUUUUAGUCAACACUGGGGGAUUUAGAUAGUGUUUAUGGACACAAAUGUAUUUUAGAGUAUGACUUUGUAAUAUGUUUUAUUGAUAUUAUUAAGCUUAUUGAUAAUGUUGUGGAAAUCCUGUGCUUGUUUGUAGAAAUUCAUUGGUCCUCAUUGAUGAAACGUUUGUAAAUAUUGGUGUAAGUUAGUCAUAGUUAAAGGUUUGAUAGUUAAUUGUGUUUGUUAAUAAAUCAGUCAGGAUUAGGGUUUAGGGUUAGACAUAUAGAAAAUAGAGGAAUAAUAAUCUUUCAGUAAUGAGGCCAAAUCUCACCUCUUUCUUUUUCUGCUUUCCCAUUUCCUCUAAACAUUUGAUCUAUUUUUUAGGGUUAGGGUGUUUGUUAGAGUUAGGAUAGGGUUAGGGUGUUUGUUAGGGUUAGGAUAUGGUAAGGGUGUUUGUUAGAGUUAGGAUAGGGUAAGGGUGUUUGUUAGGGUUAGGAUAGGGUAAGGGUGUUUGUUAGGGUUAGGAUAUGGUUAGGGUGUUUGUUAGAGUUAGGAUAGGGUUAGAGUGUUUGUUAGGGUUAGGAUAGGGUUAGGGUGUUUGUUAGAGUUAGGAUAUGGUAAGGGUGUUUGUUAGGGUUAGGAUAGGGUAAGGUCUUUGUUUUUAGGGUUGUUUUAAACAACAUUGAUUCAUUGUUUUGCUUUAUGUUUGGUUUAUUUAGUUUCUGUCUUUCUUCUUCUCCAUCACUGUUCUGUGAGCACUGCACAGAUUGUUAUUUAAGAGCGAUUGGUAAUUAUUAUACACUUCUCUGUCCUCGCCUGUGCACACCGGCCGUCAUUAGAGUGACGUCAGUUUCCCUCCUCGCCUGAUUGGCUGGAGGAGGAGCUGUCAAUCUAGAGCUUAUGGGCCAAUGGGGAUGCUUUAGCCGGCCCUUAUUUGCAUGCAGCUCUGAAUGCGACACUCGCAGGAGGAAGUGCACAAUGUGGGAAGCAGAAGCGGAAAACAACAUCAUGUCAGAAAACAAUGGAAGUAUGAAUUCCUGAUGAUUUGAUUUUGUCACUGACCACAUGUGUGCUGCUCUUCCUAUGAUUUCUGUGAAAUUGAGACUAUGAACCCUAUGGAGUGUGUUGAAGCUGUUUUCUGUUGAUCAAACUGUAAACUUUUGUCUUCAAUAAACUGUAUCUCUGACUCCUG